UGCCAGCUCCAAGCUGAUGGCGAGAAUGACGAUCAUGCCGACACCGUAUGCCUUUGGCAAUUCUCACGACAGUCUGGCGCAUAACGUCUAGGCCUUGCGCUACUUGUCUCGUACUUAUCGGCAAUCGUGUUUGAUCCUUCAGUGUCAUCUCUGCUAUUCGAUGUGCAUGAUGAGCCUCAAUGGAUGCGGUUUUUGAUUUCUCUGCGACUACUCCCGUCUUUGCAUUCGCUGCUCGACAUGUCCCAGCCACGCGCUAUCACCACUUGUUGGUCAGAAAAGAGCAAUCCGGACUCAGCCACCAUCANACCUUUCGCGCGAGUGGNGUGGAGACUGCAAGCUGACAGAUCACGCUGUCAUCAUCGUCAAGCGGAUGCACACUAAGCGAAUCUGUCACAUCGAUCUGUUUGCUGGCGCAUGUGAUUUUCAUUGAUACAUGUUCCUGUUUUCAUGCACAUCAACGAGCAGCUCAAGCUGAAGAAUAUUCGCUACAAGCAACCAUGGUCUUUGAUCUCAUCCAUAUUCCCGAUGGCACGUUGAAAGCGAAAGGUAGCUAGGUCUUUUGAAUAUGUCAUAUAACAAUUUAGCAACAAGUGAGCACCUCAUCGCAGGCAAAGGAACGCCCC